AAACCCCUCGGUAGUUGUCGCGAACUGUCGGACUUUAGUGACAGACACACGGCUGCUGCGGCUAGAUUACAUUUUUUUUUUAAUUACUUUUGCGGUGAACUUUCCAGGAGAAUAUGACGUCUAACGAGGAGCCUUUACCAACGGGUUGGGAGAAAAAAAUGAGCCGCAACUCAGGCAAGGUGUAUUACUUCAACCACACCACCAAUGCCAGCCAAUGGGAGCGACCAGUAGGAGACGGCCAGGGCGAGCCAGCGAAUGUGCGCUGCUCUCACCUGCUGGUCAAACACAACCAGUCACGGCGUCCCUCCUCCUGGCGGGAACAAAACAUCACACGAUCCAAAGAUGAGGCGCUGGAGCUGAUCCAGAAAUAUAUUGAGCAGAUUAAGUCUGGAGAGGAGAAGUUUGAGGAUUUGGCUUCUCACUUCAGCGAUUGCAGUUCAGCUAAAAAUGAUGGAGACUUGGGAGUCUUUGGAAGAGGUCAAAUGCAGAAACCUUUCGAAGACGCCUCCUUUGCGCUGAAGGUGGGAGACAUGAGCGGCCCCGUUUUUACAGAGUCCGGAGUGCACAUCAUCCUGCGUACUGGCUGAAGCAAGCACCAUGCUACACACACACACACACACACACACACACAAUACAUAUAAUUACACUACGUAACAGCAAAGCUUUACGUGCCUCGCCACACCAAUAAAAAGAGGUCCGGCAGACAUAAUAAUAAUUGAACAGAAUAUCCUGAAUAUGUUUAAGUACAUUUAAAUGCGUUCUGAACGGGGUGGUGGUUAAAAGAACCAUUUCAGUCUUCCUCUUUCAUUUCCUCACUUUCCCUUCAAAUCAUGUGACUCUGAACGCUCACAGGUAAUCGAUAACAUAAUCAUGGGGUCAAAAGAUCUCACCGGACUUAAGCUGCUUAAAAAAAAAGAGAAGGAGAAUAGGAAAAAAAAAGCUUCACCAACCACAUUGAACUAACUGUCAAGUUGCUGGCACUCCUUCUUCCAUCAAAAUAAAAGUCCUCUUUUUGUAA